AUGGAGUCUAAGUUGCCUGACUUCGAAUAUCUUUGCCCGUUUCCUCCACUUUGCAAUCCACUAUACGACACCGUGCGUGCCGAGUCAUCUGCCUGGGUCGAGACCUUCGCGCACUAUGCAGACAACCCGCGCAAGAGAGCGUUCCUGCACUAUUCCGACCUCGAGCGUCUGGUUGUCGUUCGCUACCCGACACCCGACUACGAGGCGAUACGAGUCAUUUGUGACUGGAGCAAUGUUAUCUUCGCAAUCGAUGAGACUACGGAUGAUCAGACCGAGAAAGGAGCUGCGCAAACGAUGAAAGCCCACUUGGAUGAUAUGUCCGGGAGCGAUGGCGAGCAGUCUCCGUAUACCAGAUGUGUAACGAGGACCCGGCUGAGGAGACUUUUUGGUCCCAACGCGUUCAACCGGUUUCUAGAGAACAAAUUUGAGCUCUCCGACGCGGUCCUUGAGGACGAAGUAUUCAAGAGAAUGUAUGAUCACACUGUGGACUUUGUGGCUUGGACGAACGAUGCCCAUUCAUACGCCAUGGAAUACAGCAAAUGGCAUAAAAAUGCGAACGUCCUCACUGUUAUCAUGAACGAACAAGACAAGACCGACUUGCUUGGCCGCGCAUGGGAUAAGGCGACCAUGAAGUGUUUGGAUAUUUCGGUGCAGAUCACGCACAAGUAUCCCGCAGUUUAA